AAGAGAGAGAAAGAGCAAGGCGACUUUGGUGUCGUUGGGAUUUCCGAUUAAAAGGGCAAAUGAAGGAUAUACACCGAGUACAGUUUGGGAUUUUUGUAGUAAACCGGUAUCGUCGCUUCAUGGGAUGAUAUCUUUUUUUUUCCCUACGUAGGAAAUGGAUGUGUUCAUGCGCACUCUCUGCUUGAAUAAAACGUGUGUAUUAAGGCUAUUUUGGAGGAAUGGAGCUUCAGAUGAAUCUCUGCCUUGCUGGAUUUUUUUUAUUCUUAGUUUACUGUGCAGGCAGAAAAUCCAGAGAAGAUGAGCUGGGGCGCUGAGCCACGGAUAUAAGACAUGUUGAGGUUGUCACUUAAUAAUAUUCCUUCUAAACGUCAAUUCAACAGGAGAAAUUAAGCAUAACUGAAACUGCAAAUAUGGAAACAUACUACAUUGUGGGUUCAUUGUUCUGGCCAUAAUGCAAAAUGAUGUAUCGUAGCUCACACACAAAAUGUGUUUAUAGUGUUCUUGGCCUUCAUGGAAGUAGUCUACUUAUGCAUCUGUAAAUGAUUACAAAGUAUGACUCUGCCAAAUUUGAAUCAUCUUAAAAUGUGACAGUUAAAAUAUGAAACAAAUAUGAUUUUCUUAAGUAUUUAAGUUUGAAGAUACAGUUGUUGCAAUCCACGUAGUCCCUUAUUUCAAAGGAUGAAAAUUGAGUUGGAACUACGUGUGCAUUUUUAAUAGCUGUAGAUCAAUUCCAGCCUCAGUCAAUGACCUAUUUAUCCUCAAAGGCAACAGAAAAAUAUCCACAGGGAGCCCACGUGCCCGAUGGUUAAAUUAGUGGAGCAGAGAAGUCAUUGAUUUUCUUACACAGCCACAUCCUUUUGGAUGGGAGCCCUGGAUAUUCAGCAUUUGUUUAAACUGUAUACAAACAAUCAUCUUGGACUUAUAUUUUAAUAUGACACCUCACAAUAUAUAUGGACCCCCCUAAAAAAAAACAUGAUUGCGAGAUGCUUCAUGCCUGUAAUUUUUUUCUUCUUGGAUAGUGAAUCCUGAACAAUCAUUGAACCUUGAAUGGUUGAAGAAGCUCAUCGGUUUUUUUUUUUUUUUUUUUGGGUGAGCCCAAUUGUGACUGUAUAUAGUGAUGCAUAGAACUGUUUUCAAGCCUCAUCAAUGGAGUUCGACGUUAGUACUGCCCUGUGGGGAAGAAGCAGCAGCAGUAGCAGCAGCACAACUGACAUGUCAGUUUUGAGAACCACCAAUCACAUGAACACUGAUGUAUCAAGGGUUGUUUACUCCGCUACCAGGCUGGUGUACACCACGGGAGAGGCUGCAGUAUCAACCAACCAAUAUCUUACUUCACUCAGCGUCCAAGGCGUCCACGAGGGACCGACACCAUUAGUACUGAGUGCUACCGAAGCGAACACAGUCCUGAAGGGUAUUUUGGUGGCGGCUCAAGCCCUCGUUCUUCUUGCUAUCUUCCUUCUAUCCAGUCUGGGUAAUUUUGCUGUCUUAAUCGUCAUCCUCAAACACAGACAGCUCCGGACGGUGACCAACGCGUUCAUCGUUUCGCUGUCGAUAUCAGACUUCCUCACGGCUAUCAUAUGCCUGCCCUUUUCCUUCGUCAUGCUCUUCAGCAAAGACGGCGUUUGGAUGUUUGGGGAAGGUUUCUGCGCGGCAAACGGGUUUUUCAACACCUGCUUUGGUAUCAUCUCUACCCUGACUAUGACUUUAAUCUCAUUCGACAGGUACUACGCUAUCGUCAGGCAGCCCCGUGCUAAAAUUGGGCGACAGAAAGCUACGAAGUUGUUGCUAGCCGUGUGGGUAGCCGCGGUUAUUUUUUCUCUUCCGUGGUAUAUUUUAACGCCAAAUUCAAAAGAAGUUCACGACCAAGGUUUCUACCACUGCAUGUACGUUUUCCAUUCCGGUACCUCACGUCUCGGAACGAUAUAUAGCAUUUCUCUUAUCGCCGUGUGCUAUUUACUGCCCUUCGCCCUCAUGUGUUUCUGCCACUACAACAUUUGUAAGACAGUUCGUCUCUCCGAAAUACGAGUCAGGCCUGUGACCACAUACGCUUGCUUGUUGCGGUUCUACAGUGAGAUGCGCACAGCCACCACGGUUCUCAUUAUGAUUGUUUUCAUCAUUUUUUGUUGGGGUCCGUACUGUCUCAUGGCGUUGAUCACCGCGUUAGGGGGCUACACGUUCAACCCCGUGAUGGACACGCUUGCCAUCUGGCUGGCUUGGACAAAUGGAGCCAUCAACCCCCUGAUCUAUGCUUUGAGGAACCCUAAUAUAUCUAUGUUACUGGGACGGAGUCGAGAAGAAGGCUAUCGGACCAGGAAUAUCGCGGCGUAUCUGUCCGGACACGCCAAGAACCAAGAGAUCCGUCUAAAUCAAGUAGAGAGGAUGAGGGACCGCUACGUGAGUGGAGUGGCAGUUAUUAAUAACAGCAGAUUAUCAAGUUCGAGUCCAGGAAAAGGAACUGGGGCAGAAGGUGCAAUGUGGGCUUGUAAAAACCCAGCAGUGUUUUUCUGCAGGGAUACCCAGUCAGAAUCUACAAAAACACUCCCCAACUUUGUCAGUGGACCAAUGAAGAAGACAGCUGACACCAGCCUGUGAUGUUAAAGAAUAUUAAAGUCAACUCAUGUUUAUUCUUGCCGGUUGUU